AUGGGAGAUUUUCCGUUUUUGAAUGGGAAGAAACUAGAAGUACAAGACUCAAAGACCAAACAUAAGAACAAUGCAUCUGAUGAUGAAGAUUUGGAAACAUUGAUAGAUGAGGCAUUAGCUAAGUCAACUGUUGAUCCAGCUCAUCUAAUGUAUAUACCAGGAGAGAGUCAAUUCUCACAUGAUGGUACAACUUUAUUCGAUGGACAAGAAGGAAGUAGUAAAGAACAAGAUGCUAAAAGAGCUUUAGCUUUGGCAAACAAGAAACAUGUUAAUGCAUCAUUACAACAACUACAUUACAACGAAAACAGAAUAGCAUUGGAUAGGUCGAUAAAUCAAACUAUUGAAUUAAUAAACGAAAUUAUAAAAGAGAACAAGGAAAGACCUGUAUUUUAUCCAACUGAAAUUGAAGAUGAUCAAAAAAUUCUAUUGAAUAGUGCAAAAGCUCACUUGGCAUUAGUAAGACAGAAUAGUAGCAUAAAGCAAUUAACAAAACAAAAAAUCAAAGAAGAUGAUUUAGUAAAGCAAUUACCAGAGUUUAAAAUAUUGAAAAUCAACAUAAAAGGGGGUCACAAUGAUGAAAAUUUAGUAUCAAACCUUGACAAAAAGUCUAUAGCAAGUUUAUUGGAGAAGAAAUUAAGUAGUCAAAUCAAAUAUUUGUUUAACUUAAAAGAUAGGGUUGAUGAUACUUCAUCCAAAGUAUUUGUUACAGGGGAUUUGAACGCUGGUAAAUCUACAUUCUGCAAUGCGUUAUUAAGAAGAAAAUUAUUACCAGAAGAUCAACAACCAUGUACAUCUGUGUUUUGUGAAGUGAUAGAUGCAACGAUAGAGAAUCAUGGACUAGAAGAAGUACAUGCUAUACCUAUUGAGAAAGAAUAUAAAAUACAUGAUGAAUCCACUUAUGAAAUACACCCUUUGAAGGAUUUGGAGGAAUUGGUUUACGAUUGUGAUAAGUUCAGGCUACUUAAAGUUUAUGUGUUGGAUCAUAGAUCAUUUCAAGAAAGUUUAUUACAUAACGGUGUUAUUGAUAUUAAAUUAAUCGACGCACCAGGUCUAAAUAUGGAUUCUUAUCAAACAACCCAAGUCUUUUCCCGUCAAGAAGAAAUUGAUUUAGUGAUAUUCGUGGUAAGUGCGGAAAAUCAUUUUACUUUAUCAGCAAAAGAAUUCAUUGCCGCGGCUGCUAAUGAAAAAAGAUAUGUUUUUAUUGUUGUUAAUAGAUUUGAUAACAUCAAAGAUAAAGAAAAAUGUAAAAAGAGGAUAUUGGAUCAAAUCAAAAAUUUGUCACCUGACACGUACAAAAACGCAAAAGAAUUCAUUCACUUUGUUAGUUCAAACGAAGUAAAUAAAGGGAACGGAAACGGUGGUGACGAUGGAGAUGGAGACGGAGAUGAUGAUAAUAAUAAUAAUGACAGAAACAAUGAUCAUCACCCAAAUUUUGAUCUACUUGAAGCAUCCUUAAGAAAAUUCAUAUUGGAGAAAAGGUCAAUUUCUAAAUUAUUACCAGCCAAAAGUUAUUUACUCAAUUUUUUGCAUGAUUUACAAACUUUAUCCAAAAUUAAUGAAAAUAUCUACAAUGAUGAAAAAAGAGAUAAAUUACAAGAAUUGAACAAUCAAGUUGCACCAAGAGUAAAUGAAAUUGUCUACAAAUCUCAUAGGAUUGCCGAUACUAUCAAUGCAUUGAUUGAAUCGACAUGCACUAAAAUAUACAAUGACACUAGUAAUGAAUUGAAUACAGUUAUGAAUAAUUUGGGAGAGAAACCAGUAGUUCAAUAUGAAGGUUUACAGUAUUUGUUUGAAUAUGCAAAAGAAUCGCAAUUGGCAAUGAUGGAUGUUGUAUGUGACGCUGUUUUAGAAUGCGAAGAAUUAGCAAAAAUUGAAACCGUCCAAAAAGUUGAUGAAAUCAUUAAAUAUGGUAAGACUACCUUAAAUGAAGAAUUUUUAGAUGAUAAAAAAUUUAAUUCUGAAUUAAUGUUUACAAGAGCCAAAGAUGACAUUGGUAAAAACAUAGAAGAUACUUUGGAAAUUUCAGACUUUUUUGACCCAUCAAUUGAAUCAUUUUUAGUAUUUGUGGGAUUACCUGAAAAAUAUGUGAAUAUCACCAAAAAUCAAAUAAACUUUUUUAAUCCAAUAUCAGUCAUUACCAACAUUCCAUCAAAUGCGUUGCAAUUAAAAAAUCAAUUGCCUACACAGAUAACAUUGCACACAAUAUACUCUUCAGGUAAAAUUUUAACCACUGGUGCAUUAAUCAAUCGCUUAUACCAUUUCAGUCAUUAUGUCACACCAAAAAUGGUCAAGACCAUAGCAGUUCCAGUUCUUAUCGGUAUAUCAGGUUUAACAUUAUAUUAUUUAAUCAGUGACAUACCAAAUGCAUUACCAAGAAAACAAGCACAAAAAAUCAAAAAACAAAUAAAAGAUAUAAAUUAUAUUCAUAAUAAUUCAAGUCGAAUAUCGAGUGAAUGUAGACAAGUAUUAAAUUAUCCUUCAAGACAAGUUAUGAAUAAUUUUCAAACAAGUAUUGACAAAAAAUUAACACAAAAAACAAAAUUGGAAUCAUAUAUUAAAGAUGCUGAACUAAGCUCUGGGUUUUUCAAGCAAUUAUUAAACAAAAUCAAUCAUCAACAGAAAUAUUUACAAGACAUAGAAUUGGAAUUAGUCAACGAAGUUGAAUAA